AGCACAGAUUGAUAUGAGAAUUUCUCAUUGUUAUGGCAAUAUGAAAGCAUUCAGGCGUUUUUAAUUUGGAGGAAAUAUUGAGCGAAAUUUGGUUGUGUCUAUUGUAAAUGCAUUAAUUAUUUACUGUAGACUGUGUUAAUGCUUUAACAGUUAACAUCUUUAACAUCUGCCUAAUCAUACACCAUGAGUGACAGUUGAGCUUUGUGAAGUACAGAAGGGCGGACUUGUUUACAAGAGAAAACAAUUUCCACAGUGCAGAAGUUGUAAUAGUGGAAACUGUGGUAGCCUAACUAGUAAAGCUGUCACUCAAUUCAGUGUGGCUGCACUUGAAGGAUUACAAUCUGGGAAGAGGAUAGUGAUUAGGGAAUUGAACCAGUCUAGCCCUUGUUGAGCUGUUACCGAGUCUACAAGAUGGCUGACAGACCAAUGUUGGAGGACACCAAGACUCAGAUGCCGCAAACCAAAUGUGGCAAGGUAUUGUCAUGGUGUAGAGUGAACCUGCUGUUGCUAUUGACAAUAGUGGGCGUGGUACUGGGGGUGAUCCUAGGCUUUCUGGUCCGCAUGGCCAAACCCUCGCCCGAGGCCAUUGAGCUGAUCUCCUUCCCUGGAGAAAUCCUCAUGCGCGCCCUCAAGAUGCUCAUUCUCCCCCUCAUCAUCUCCAGUCUUAUCAUGGGUGUGUCAUCACUAGAUGCGAAGGAAAGUGGUCGAAUGGGAGUACGUACGCUGGUGUACUACUUUGCUACCACGUUCGCUGCCAUCAUUUUAGGCAUAAUCCUUGUGGUUGCCAUUCACCCGGGUAAGAAGGACCUCAAGGAUGAGCUUGCAGUGAACGAGGCGGAUAGUCGCAUCACGGGUGUGGAUGGAUUCUUGGAUCUCAUCAGAAAUUUCUUUCCUGAUAAUCUGGCUCAGGCUUGCUUUGCGCAUGUGAAAACCACAUAUACCAACGUGACAGUGCGGAAGAAAAGAAUUGAAUUUAUCACUAUCUCUGACACUGUGGAAAAUACGACUUUUCUUCCUUCAAACUCCACAACAAUUUCACUCAUUAAUAUAACAACGUCUCCUGAGGGUAAGAAGACAAUAGUCGAGUAUACAGAACAGGUGGUCCGGAAAGGACUGCAAUCAGGAAACGGAAUUAAUGUGUUAGGUCUCAUAUGUUUCUGUGUUGGUUUCUCGAUCUACCUCAGCAAGAUGGGGCCGCGCGGUCAGGUCAUGAUCCAGUUCUUCGACAUCCUCAAUGAAAUUGUCAUGAAGCUUAUCAUGCUAGUCAUGUGGUACUCCCCGUUUGGUAUCAUGUUCCUGAUCGCUGGUAAGAUCAUUGAGGUGGAUGACAUACGCGAGGUCGCAGCCCAGCUUGGUCUCUACAUCGUCACGGUGAUAGUCGGCCUGGUGAUUCACGCUGGAAUCGUGCUGCCCCUCAUAUACCUUGUCAUUGUCAGGAAGAACCCCUUCAAACUGUUCCGUGCAGUGUUCCAAGCAUGGAUUACAGCCCUUGCUACAGCUUCCAGUUCCGCCACUCUACCUGUGACAUUCAAGUGUCUGGAGGACAACAUGAAGAUUGACAAGCGCGUCACUCGCUUUGUGCUGCCAGUUGGAGCCACUAUCAAUAUGGAUGGUACAGCUCUGUAUGAGGCGGUCGCACCAGUGUUCAUAGCUCAGAUGAAUGGCAGAGAGCUGUCUUUUGGAGAACUGCUCACAGUCAGUGUAACCGCAACAUGUGCGUCCAUUGGAGCAGCAGCCAUCCCUAGCGCUGGACUGGUUACCAUGCUGAUGGUGCUGACGUCUGUCAACUUGCCGGUGGAGGACGUCUCUAUCAUUCUUGCUGUAGACUGGUUCCUUGAUCGCCUGAGAACCAGUUGCAACGUUUUGGGCGACAGUUAUGGCGCAGGGGUCAUCGCACAUUUGUGUCGUGACGAACUUACACAAUUUGACAGGCAACAUAUGGAGCUGGAGACCAGAGAUAGCAAGAUUAAUGGCGGGGAAACCGUCGGCGACGGGGAUGAGGGAAGCGAUGAUCGUAAUGUGUAGUUUUGCCCUCUAACCGGAUCCUGGCUCGGUGAUGUUGGGCAUACUGUGGGCGCCCGUCUGGUUGUGAAUAUUUGUUUUACCUAGUAUGGUGUUUCAAGGAGAUUUUUAACCUCAAUAUUCUUGAUAUGAUUGUAUUUUCUUUAUGGGCAAACAUACUGGGCAUGUGCAUAUUUUUUUAACAAAUGGUUGUAUUGCAGUUUUUCUGAAUUUUAUAGAAGUAAUUGUUUACUGAAGAUGUUAAGCUUUGUUUCUUAUGUAACUUCAUUCUGUAUACGUUUAAAGUAUGACAGAGUUAACAAUAUGACAACAACAGCUUUGGAUUUACACACAAUACAGAAUGUCCAUUGAGGUUUUGAUAAUUAACUGAGUAUUAAUCUUUGAAUCUCUGGGGGAUUGACCAUUUUUCUUGUGUAAGCAUAUGUCUUAUUUUGUGAAAUCUUCUUUUUGUUAAUGUUAGAUUUAAUUAUACUUUUAGAUGUAUCUCAGUAUGUGGAUUUUUUAAAUGCAUUUUUAUUAUUAUUUUUUACUGAUGACCAGUAAAAAGUUUUCUGGCUACUUUAUACAGGGUAAUUAUACUAUUUGGAUUUAGAAAUUAAUGUAUUUUUAUAAUAUUUUAUUUUAUUGUUUACAUAUAAUAUUUUAACUCAAAUGAUGGAGUAAUUCUACUGAAAAAAAAGAUAUGAAGUAUGUAUCUCACAGCAUGAAAUCAGUUUAAAUGGCUGGAAUAGCAGAAUAUUUGUUUAUGUGUUAUGUUUUGUAAAUAUCUGCAAAGUUCUUAAUGACACUCUAAAAAACCUUGUCUAUAAUAAGACGCGCACAAAAUAGAUGUACAUCAUACAUGUACAAAGUAUUCAUGCAUGUUAAAAGAACAUUUAAAUAAAAUCUUUGUUUUUAUUAAUAUUGUUUAGGUGUAUUUUAUCUUGACUAGGUAUAUAAGUUGAGCAUUACAAGACUGUGAUGUUCAAGGGUGUCAUAUCACUCUUGUUGAUUGUGUGACAUCGUGGAAAUAACAUCACAAAAUCAACUGGUGCGAUGCAACCAACACCCAAAAACACACACAUAACAGUUGAGAAUAUUCCCUAUAAGUUGAAUUGAUACGUAGCUUUUCAUGGUUUCCGUAUCCAUGUAUCCAUUUGACUAUAGCAACUACCUAUUUUAACAAUCAAAGCGCAUUUUGUUGUUGAAUACUUUAUAAAUAUUUAAUGUUAAAAUUUGUGGUCUUACAAAGUGCAGGGAAAUAUAAUUCUAAUUUAAAAAAAAUAUUGGUAAUAGUAAACAAAUUUUACAGCUGGACAGAAUGAAAUUGUAUCUUGGUAUAUAUUUUUCUCUAAAUAAAGUAUAAAAAACUUGUUGGUUACAAUUUAGAUAAAAGGAUGUAUUGUGUAAGCGUAAAGUGUGGUCUCAGAGGCAAACCAGUCUGGACACUUGCCACUUUUAUGGUAUUUUUCAUUUAAAAAAAGUCUCCACCUAGCAAAAAAUCCAUUCUAGAUGUAAAGUGUCGUCCAUGAUUUACCUGUGUGAACUUAACAGUCCAAUCUGAAACGAUACGUUAUGCACAGGCAUUAAGGCCUGUUUUCCCAGAGUGCAGCUAAUUUAUAUUUUAUGCACAUAUUUGUUCCCACAGUUGAGGUAUUGACCACAAGCUCUCAGGAUUGGUUUGUUAUUGUUCAACAGAGAGUUGUAGCCACCCAGGUUCAUGUCUACAAAUUUGAAUAUUUGCAGUUGCAUUAUGAAUUAGAUAAUCGUGUGAAGUUGUUCUACACAUUUAAUUUCUGCAUUUAUAGCUUGGCUAUUCACCAUAUUAUCCUAGCGACAUUACUCACCCAUUUGUCUGCUUUAGCAUCUUCGUAAUGCUCUGGUUGAGUUAAACUUGCAUCAUCUUCAUAUCAGUGUUUUUACGGCAUGUAUUAAAUUCAAACUUUACACAUGUGUUCAAGGUUAUUGUUUGAAGUCACUGACUAAGUGUCAUAUCGGACCUGCAAUUAAGCAGAAUAAUGCCUCUUGUUGUACCAAGAAAAUUAUUGUUAACC